AUGUCGGCGACAACAGCCACAACAACAACCACAUCGUCGACAACGACAGCCUCGGCGACUUGUGUGAGCAUGGCGCCGGGCAAAGACGGCUAUCUGCCGCCUGAAGCCUGCGACAGUCUGCUAUUAUACGUGCCAUCAUUCGCAGCUGCUGUUCUGUUCGUCGUUCUCUUCGGCUUGACCACAAUCGCACACAUCGCGCAAGGCGUCGCGUAUAAAAAGCCAUUCACCUGGGUUAUCACUAUGGGCGCCAUAUGGGAAAUCGGAGCCAUGGUCAUGGCGGCCUUGCUCGCCAAGCACCAGAACUCGGAUACAUACGACACCGUCCACCAGGUCCUCUUCCUUCUCGCGCCUCUCUGGAUCAAUGCCUUCCUCUACAUGACCCUGGGCCGCAUGGUAUGGUUCUUCGACGAGACAAAGCGCCUGGGCGGGCUAUCCGCGCAACGAUUCGGCUCGCUGUUCGUCUGGCUCGAUGUCAUUUCGUUCCUCGUUCAGGCCGCCGGUGCACUGCUCUCGUCAUCAAAGGAUGCUUCGGAUUCGACCGUCCAGUUGGGUCUGCAUCUCUACAUGGCCGGUAUUGGCAUUCAGGAGUUCUUCAUCGUCUGCUUCACGGGCCUUUUGGUCAUACUCCACCGCCGACUGAUUCGCCAGGAGCAGCGAGGAGUCAUGCUUGAGAGGCUGAACAAUGGCACUCUGCGCUGGCGAUGGCUGUUUUACGGAAUGUAUUUCGCGCUGGCCAUGAUCACUAUCCGUAUCAUCUUCCGUCUGGCUGAAUACGCCAGGGGCACCGACGUCAACAACCCCGUCCUUACUCACGAGGCUUACGUGUACGUCUUCGACGCAACACCCAUGUUUCUCGCCCUUGUCGCGCUCAAUAUCUUGCAUCCCGGCCGAAUUCUCAGCGGGCCCGACGCAAGCUGGCCGCGACUCAGCCGCAAAGAAAAGAAAGAACUCAAACGCCAACGCAAGGCCGAGAAGAAGGCGCGCAAGGACGGGCUACUGUAUACCAAAACUACAGAUAAUGAUAGCAACCACAGCGCCGAGGAGCUUACUGCCCCCGCGGCUGUCGAACAGCAUCCGUUCAACGAUCUGCGAUCCCAGGAAGAGGGCGGUUUUCAGCAUCAUGCUAGUCGAUAUGAUGCGGAGACGGCAUUUUAUCCGUUGAAUGAUAACGAGCACUACUCGUCUGCGCGAUGGAACAGUUAUGCUUCGUAUAAUAAUACUAGGGCUUGA